CAUAGUAAUUUUAUAGUUAAAAAACGUCAAAACAAAACUAAUUUAAAAAUAAAAGCAUGAAUUUAUAAUUUUAAUCUAGGAAAAAUAUGUCGAAAGAAGCACGAUAUGGUUUAUUAUACAGUGAAUACGAGUAUUCCUCUUACGUGCGCAUUCAAUCCGAAAAAUGUUGCAUUAUUGUAGCCUGUUUUCCAAUCUUAGCGAUGAUCUUUUGUAUCCUGUAUUCCGUCCUAUUUAAUUUCGAAGGAGCUGUAUAUACACAUUGCGAUGUUUAUAAUUGGCUGCCGUCGAUAUCAGCAGCGAUAGGAAGUUUUUCACCGCAGAGAGAAGUGUGGCAAAGCGCUGUCACCAUUCAGGCCAUUCCAAGAUUUUUUUAUGCCUUUCAGUACCUACAAUUUCAUUACAGUUUGUUAUAUCCUCAUGAUUUUUGGAUUGCUCAAGUUGCAUUUUUCCUAAGUAUGGUAGAGAAUAUAGCGCUCAUACUACUGUCUUUCUUUGUCUCUUCACAAUAUUAUUCUGUCCAUAAAAAAGCUUUUAUAACCUUUAUAAUUUCAUCAGAAGUGUACAUGAUACUCACGUGCAUACUGCAAAGCAGGUUUAAAAAACAGUUCCGAAUUAGUUUGAAAUGGAAGAAAAGAUUUCUAACAACAAAUCUUAUUUUCAUUGUUGUGGCUGUUUAUUUUUUUAUGAGACACAAUUCCUUCUGCGAACCAUAUGUAUAUAGUCUGUUCGCAUUAGCCGAAUACAUCGUAGUAUUUUCCAAUAUGGCAUUCCACUCGACAGCCUUCUUUGAUUUUCAGAACAAAGAUUUUGUGAUCUACAAACAUGGUUUCACUCUAACGGAAAGAUAAUAUUUAGUGAUUUAGCUAGUUAUGUAAAUUUCGAUAAUUUAUUUAUUUUCGUUAGCGCACGUUGUGCUAUUUGAUGCAGUAUUAACUGAUUGUUUUUUAUACAGAG